GACUUAAGACCAAUUCAUAGGAAAGCGUUUUCAUGUGAGGGGCACAUAGCCAGAGAGAGAGAGAGGUCCGAAAGACAGAGACGCAGAGAGAGGUGCGAGAGAAGAGGCUUCAUUCUCCCUCCCCUUCUGAGCUCUAGCAGUUUUUGGAGGGAAGGGGCGAUGGAGAAGCGAAGGCAAUAUGAAUUCCCGAGAUUUCUACACCAUUGGUAUCUUGUAAUCUUCACCUUAGCACUACUUGCCACAGCUCAAGCUUUUGAUUAUGGCGACGCGCUCGCAAAAAGUCUGCUCUACUUCGAGUCCCAACGUUCAGGCCGAUUACCCUACAAUCAGCGUGUCACAUGGCGGGACCAUUCCGGCCUCACCGACGGCUUAGAACAAGGAGUGGACUUAGUCGGAGGGUACUACGACGCCGGUGACCACGUCAAAUUCGGACUUCCGAUGGCAUUCACUGUAACAAUGCUCUCGUGGGGUGUCAUAGAAUACGGCGAGCAGAUCGCGGCAGCGGGGGAGUACGAGCACGCACUCGAGGCGAUCAAAUGGGGCACCGAUUAUUUUAUUAAAGCCCACACUAGCCCAAACGUUUUAUGGGGCGAGGUAGGGGACGGGGACACCGACCACUACUGUUGGCAACGGCCGGAGGAUAUGACGACAUCGCGACAAGCAUACAAGAUCGACGAGAACAACACGGGGUCGGAUCUAGCCGGUGAGACAGCAGCAGCCAUGGCUGCCGCAUCAAUCGUGUUCCGGAAAGCUAACCCACAUUAUUCUCACCUGCUCCUACAUCAUGCCCAACAGUUGUUUGAAUUUGGUGACAAAUACAGAGGAAAGUACGAUAGCAGUAUUGGAGUGGUGAAGAACUACUACACGUCGGUGAGCGGUUACAAAGACGAGCUGUUGUGGGCUGCUUUGUGGCUUUACAAAGCCACCGACAGGGUUGAUUAUCUCAAAUACGUUAUCAACAAUGCUCAUUGCUUUGGUGGGAUCGGUUGGGCCAUUACCGAGUUCAGUUGGGACGUUAAGUACGCUGGUGUUCAGAUCAUUGCUUCAAAGCUGCUGAUGGAAGGAAGACACGAACACAAGGAGCAUUCUCACGUACUGGAACAGUAUCGCUCCAAAGCUGAAUAUUAUCUCUGUGCCUGCCUAAACAAGACCAUAUCGGCCAACGUCGACCGCACGCCGGGAGGGCUUCUGUAUAUCCGUCAAUGGAACAACAUGCAGUAUGUGUCGACGGCAGCGUUCCUUCUCACCGUUUACUCCGACUAUCUGAAACACUCGGGCCAAAAGCUCAGCUGCCCGGCAGGAGAAGUGGAGCACCAAGAGAUACUCAAAUAUGCCAAGUCCCAAGUGGAUUACAUCUUGGGCUCCAACCCAAUGGGCAUGAGCUACUUGGUGGGUUACGGCCCAAAGUCUCCCCGGAGGGUACACCACAGAGGGGCUUCUAUUGUAUCAUACAGAGAGAACAAAGGGUUCAUUGGGUGCACACAAGGUUAUGACAACUGGUAUGGACGGGAUGAACCAAACCCCAACAUCGUGGUGGGGGCCCUAGUUGGUGGGCCCGAUUGGCAAGAUAAUUUUAGGGACCAAAGGGGUAAUUACAUGCAGACCGAAGCCUGCACUUACAAUACUGCUCCCUUGGUUGGAAUUUUCGCAAAGCUUCACCAAUUACAACUACAAUUAGGGGAGCACAAGCUCUCCCGUACUCCAUCUUUUUUUGCUUCUUACUAGAACCAAAUUAAACUGCAGAUUGUAUAGGAGAGUUGUUUUCUUUCUUUCUACAAAUUGGUUUUUUUACGGUGGCAGAUGAAUCAAGAAGCUCCGCGCCAAGCCACCUCUAUGUGUAUGUAUCCUCAUUCUUAUAUAAAGGAAAAAACAAAAAAAAAAAACGAAAAGAGUAUUCACCCGCAAAUUUUAAGAUUUA